CGCGGAUUCUGUCCAAUGUACAGCGCCAGUCUUCUAAGGGCGGGACGGCGCGGAACCUGCAGAGCUGGUGGUUAAAGCGCGUGGCCGAGGCGGGCGAGAGUGGACGCUGCAGGAUGGUAAAACAUAAGAGAAAAGGUCCCAAAGGGACAGAGAAGAAGAGUAAAAAACAAAAGAUAACAUCAUCAGAAGAGACACCGCAGGCAUCUGACGCCGGGCCGGGCAAGGAGGCGACCAGCCUCAAGGUGCUGGAGGCCAGCGCUGAACUGUCCCCAGAGGAGAGGAGGGUCUUGGAAAGGAAACUGAAGAAGGAACGGAAAAAGGAAGAGAAAAAGCGGCUGCGAGAGGCAGGCAUUGCUGCGGCUCAGACAGCCAAAGGCCAGACCCUGCCAGCCAAGCCCUCGGCUGCCGUUCUGGCCCUGGAGUAUCUCCAAGGGUGGGCCCGGAAGCAGGAGAGCUGGAGAUUCCAAAAGACGAGGCAGACGUGGCUCUUGCUGAACAUGUAUGACGAAGAAAAGGUUCCUGAUGAGCACUUCUCCACCCUGCUGGACUACCUCGAGGGGCUGAAGGGCAGUGCCCGUGAGCUGACAGUCCAGAAGGCCGAGGCCCUGAUGCAGGAGCUUGAUGAGGCCAACACCGAGGCCAGAGAUGCGCAGCUAGGGAAGAUGGAGCGCCUCCGGCAGGUGCUACAGCUGCUCUCCUAACAGGAGGAGGUGGCCUUGGGUCCCGAGGACAUGCUGGCUACCUCCUCUGCGGCUUUGGGAGCAAGCAGGUCACCCGAAGGUCAUGUGCCUUGAGGACUUCCUUCCAAAGUCCUGCGAAGGACCCCCCCCCCACACACACACACACCUAUACGCAGUCCUGGUGCCUUGAGACCCAGAAACAGCUCCCUGGUGCCACUCCCAUGUGUGUGGCCCCAUGGUGGCUGUGAACAGAUUCUAUGAAUGAAAUCUCAGAGACUGGCCCAUGCUGGCUUUCCCCAUCAGCUAGGGUUCCCUGGCGUGGGGAUGGUGGAUCUCCUACAUACUCAGUCUGAGGGCCACUGCAGUACAGCCUAACAACUCACCUGCCUACAGGGAAGCCCUGCUGGGGACUUGGAGUGCAGAUCCUGGACCUGUAUGGCCGCCAGGAGCUACUAGAGGCUGCUGCCCCUUGACCCCGGCUGGCUUCCAGCAACCACGUGUUGUCCCUCAGUGUCAGGAGUAGGUCCAGCUCCUUCUCACUGGGUUGUCUCAGCCCACAUGUUGGAAGCAGAAUGACUAAGCAUUUGUGUCUGGACCCGUGUCACUGUCAGAGCAUGUAACCUACUCUCAUUGGGUGAAUUUCCUGGGGACCAUAAAGAAACAUCUAUAGAUGCCAUGUAGGGAGGGCACUGACCGGCCAGAGAGGAUUUGCUGCAAGUCUAACUCACUGAGCAUUGAUCUCACUGGGUUUGCAUGGGAGCUGUGCAAGGUCUGUCUUCAGCCUCCUGGGCUGUCCAGCCCACAGCUUUCAGAAACCCUCACUCACAACCCCUAGGCAUCAAAGUAACUUUUACACACCCCUGGAAUAGAGCUAUAUAAAAGAGGUGUACAGAUCACAUAUUAUCUACUAGAUCAUAAGAAAUUUAUUUUAAAAGCAAUUCUGAAUAUAUUUAAUUUUGUCAUUUAUUAAAGAUUUAAAACAAGUUUGCAGAGGUGUGCAACCUUGUUGCUGAGAACUGAAGGGGAGGAUGGAAAAUACUGAAAGCUUGUUUUCCAUAAGCUGUCUUAAACCCUGAGGCUAAUUCCAGCUCUCAGGAGGCAGAGGCAGGCAGAUCUCUGAA